ACACAUUACCUUUUCCUUGGCCAAUACCUGUGUAUAUUUUUAUCUGCAUCUGUACUCAUGUGUACCCACGGCAUAUAUGCGAUAGUUAAUCUGUAUAUGGAUACAAAAGUGAUAGCCGAAAUGUGAAAAUUCUUUAUAUAACGCGAAUGUUUAUUUUACCGAUGUGUGCAUGUACACAAAAAUAUUCAUUUAAAACGGGCUUACAUACUAAUAAACAAUGAGUUGGAACAAGCGGAACACUAGUCAAAGAUCAAUAUACGACUACCCUGAACAUUUAAAUCCCUUCUACGAAGAUGACAACCAUAAACGGCUUAGAUUUUUUGGAUUUAGCAAAAAGAAGAACGAAAAUGGCAGGCAUAGUUUAUCAAUCGGAAACUUGCAGGAACUGUGGAAAUCAUAUUCUUUUCGUAAAAAGAAGUCUUCAACACUAGGAAUAAAUAAAACAUCAGAAAGCCCGCCGAUGCUUAGACGAGAUUUAAAUGAUAAUUCUUAUUUGAAUUCUAGAGUUUUCCGCGGUGACCGUCAUACAUCCCUCCAAAAUAUCGAUGCAAGAAGAGAGUCCGACACAAUCUCUAAUGGAAUGUUCUUCAAUCGUAACGAUCGGUACCGAAGCACAACGCAGUUUUCUGGAUAUCCCUCGCCAAAUCACCAGAAUAUGAGGUUAUCACAAUCUAGUCUGGCCAGCUCAAAUCCUUUCGAGUCGCAACCGGAUUCAUGUCCCAACUCCCCACUGAGUGCUAGAAGAUAUCGUAAGAAGAGAAGAGCUCCACCGCCGCCAAAACUAGUGGUCCAGGAUUAUCUAGCUACCAAAGACAUUGAGUCUCUAGCCUCUGAAAUUGAAGAGUUUGUCAACAACAGAUCCGAAUCUUUAAUAAAACAAGAAGUUGGAAAGGAAGUCCCAAAAGCAAAUCAACCAAAUAUUUCGGUUACAGCACCGACCCCCGAUAUCGAACUUAGCCCCAGCAGCACAUCCAAAACACUACACACUAAUAAUGUAAAGCAAUCCAAUGAAACACGCACAGUCAUUGAAAAGAAUAAUGUCACUAUCCUCGACUCGGAUUUGGAUACCAAACCUAGCACACGCACCUCCCCAGCACCACAGUGGAUUGGCACAGUUCACCUAAAGCAGACCAACGCAGCUGAAAUAUCAAUCACAACCAAGGAGGGUAAAAAAAUCACUUCACUUAAUACGGCUAGUCAACAUAACCCCUGCACGCCCGAAACUCCUGAGUGCAUUGCCAGCGUACACAUAAAGCAAUCCUCUGAACCCAAACCAAAUAAUGAUCUUCACACUCAACUGGAGGAGACAAAAAUCAACAAAACGACAAAUGGCACCAUACCUGUUGGUGCCAGAGAAGAGUCUUUAGUCAUAAAUGGCAUUUCAAAAGAGUCCCAGAAUCACAACCAUACGGAAAUUGUAAAACAGUCAGUCAUUUUGGUGGCAUCUGAAAGCAAUACUAAUCCUUGCACGUCCAAAGUUCAAUCCAAUGUUAAUAAUAAUAAUGCAAAGGCACACAGCGAAUCGGAAAAUGUAUGUUUAGAACUUCCACCAAACGAUGGCACCUAUAUAGAAGAUAGAAAAACUAAUUCAUUUGGCACGGUCAAACAAAUUUCACAGAUUUUUGAAGAGAACAUUAGUUCCAGUGGUCCCAACAAUAAUCCCAAAAAAAAUACAGCAGAUAGCAUUGUUGUGAACGGUGCUAGAUCAAAGAUUGAAGAAAACCAUUGCGUUUCAAACGCAAUUCAACCAAAUCCAGUUGCAACUGGCGAAGUAUUGCAAAUAAGAGAAGAUUUUGAGUUGGAGAAUGAAGUCAGGAUUGCUGAGAGGCAGAGAAACGAUCGCUUCAGAUCUUCAAUCUCAGCGGAACGCGAAUCGAAUUCCACACCGACCCCGCGAAUGAGGAAGAAGAAGUCCAUUAAGGAAGUGCUAGAGUCUAUAAGCAGAAAUCAAAAGAUUUUAAACGAAAGUGCGGCCAAGGGCACAAAAGUGUACUUAACUCCCUCCUAUGCUGAAAAUAAAUACAACUAUCCCAAUGAGUUGAAUAACGUUAAUAGUACAACCUCCAAGGAAGUAACGUCUGCCAACAUUUCGGUUAGCACAUCAGAUACCAAUGAAUCACCAACACAAAGAGACUUGUUUAUAAGCAAAAUAAGCAAGUUCAAGGGUCAAAUAAGAGAGUCAUCGCCCACUUCGUCGAACUUAGAUUGGAACCCUUUACCGAAGCCAAGUCGGUCCCAUAAUUUAGCUAGUUCUAGUUACAACAACGGCUCGUGCUAAGGAGCUAAAUUAAUAAUGCUAUAAACAAAUAAAUAUUUAUAUCAAACAAAAACCAAAUUUUUAUGCAAUAAAACAAACGUACUUAUAACCAA